AUGUUGCCCGGGGCUAUGAAAACCUGGAUCUCGUCCCCGGAGGAUCGAGCCAAGUCUCAUUAUGUUUGCGCCGGUUAUUCCCUUGAUACUGGUCGUUUGUUUAGCAACCCGUGCCAGCUAGUGACAGCUUUUCCUGAGCUGAGCGGUGCCAUCGAAGAUGAUUCCUUAUGGAAGAAAAGCUUGGCCAUCUAUGAGUCGCCCUCGUUUUCCAGUAUCAUGGAUUCUCUCGAAUAUCGCGGUGCGAAGUUCGAAAACAUUGCCCUUUUCAACUGCUUCGCCCUGAACGCUGCCAUUCAAGCUACGACCUCGUCUCUUUGCGAACUGCGCAGUCUGACGGUAAUCAAUGACGAAGCCGUCGAGUUUCGCGAGGAAUCCCAGCAACUUCUAAAGAUUCAGUGUCCGAAGUUGGAGGAGAUCAGGUUAAUUACAGUCAUAAUGAGCGCUUCAGUGCUGCGAGCGUUUCUGACCAUGAGGGGAAUCAAAAAGUUGGCAGUUCGCAGUGCAGGAUUAGUGAACUGCACCUGGCCGAGUGUUAGACCCCUGUUGUCAAGGGGAAGGAUGACUGAGUCGUUAACUUAUUUAGACCUGCGAGAAGUUUGCUUGCACGAGUCGGAUUUCGAAGUGAUUUUUCAAGGCUCGCCUUUGUUGGAGGGAUUUAUUUGGACGUCAACCUCCAAUUCUCAGAUCAUCUCGGUGAUCUCCGUUUUACCUCUAACGAUCGAAACGUUCGGGAUUCAAGUUUUGCUUUCGGAUGAUACUUUGCCGGAGAUAGGCAUACUGUUGGAGGAAAGAGGACAACUGAAUUUACGAUUGACGUCCAUUUUACUGGCAAUAUCCGAUUAUCAAAUGACAUUUGACAUUGCUCGCCAAAUUUUCGGAGGAACAAUUGCAUGGCCUAGGCUUGGGACCGUUGUUCUGGGAAAAACUGGAGGUUGGGCCGAUGAUGAUUUGCUCAUGUUCGGCGCAUUUCCAAGGAAUAUCACAAAAUUGGUAAUCAAAUCAUUCGUCCCGGAAAGCAUCGUGAACUUGUUGAUCAGAAGUUUGCCGAAUCUGCAAUUCUUUCACGCGGACGUGAAAUAUCCUUGCCGAGGAACAUUCGCUUCGUCCUUGUCUGAAAAUCCGAGGGUAGCCCCCAAUUUGCAAAGCAUUUUCAUCACUCAACGGAGAUUGGAUCCAUUUCUCUACACGAGCUUGCAGAAUUUGAUUUUGAUCCGGCCAGCUUUGAAAGUUUGCUUUUGCCCGGAUUCCCGGGACGGACGAACACUUUACUUGCAUCAUCCGGCGACUUUGGACGGGGCUCAAGUCAGAUUUUCCAUGAUCGAGGCCUGCGAACCCGGCUCAAAUUGGCGCUUUUCCCACGAUGAAGCGAUGAUUUUCUAAUAUUUAUGAAUGACGAUUAUGACGUGACAAUAUGCCCGCAAGCAAACACAUAUAUUUUCACAUUUUUAUAAAAGUAUAACCAAUAAUUAUUUCAGUGAUCAAAUGUCAAACGAUUGGCUCAUUCGAAUGUUUUCAUUUUAAAUCAAGACGGUUCGCUUCAUCUAGGAAAAAAAUUCAUCAAUGGCAUCGUUUCCGGUAUUUGAAAACGCGGGCUAACAUCAAAAAUACAUUUUCUCGUGAU